CUUGUUUCAACUUUUGUUUUGAUUGUACCGGAAGUUUACAUUUGACAGCAAAAUACCGACACAGAUCGAGGGGUUUUCUCAAAGUUGACAGUAAUAUGAAAGAAGUGAACAUCCUGUCCAAAUCGAAACAUUUUGUUCUGUUUUGUGUUUAACCGUCAGGUGUUGGUCUUGAGGUGUGAUACAUAUUUCACAAACAAGCAGGACUGGUGUUACAACGUUAAAAGUCAUACUAAAAGAAGAAAUAACAGUUGACUUUGACAUGUGUAAUAACUUCCAUAUGUCUACCGACUACUGAUUCUUCAUAUGCAAUGAUUAUUUAUGUGAUUGAAGGUUUUUAGUGUUUUACUUCUGGCAAUAAUAAAUGGUGUGCCCAUAAAAUUUGAUAAGUAAUUACUUAUGACAGAUAUUUCAUGAAAUUCUAAAAUUUCUGUUGCAUAAAUUGGCAGAGUUUGCCAUUCAAACAGUUCGUGUUUGAAGAUAUUAUUUGGAACAGUUAACUAAUAGAAAUAAUAGAACUUACUUUAUAUGUGUUAGAAUAUUAAAAUUAAAAGUUAAUAUAAUCAUUUCCUAUUGAUAUGGACAUUAAUUAUACUUUCCUUGGAGAAAAUGUUAGUCGUCCUGGUAGAACUAUUUAUGAGACUGGGGAAAGUCCCCUCUUGGAUUGCCUUAAAUAUGAAGGGGAGGAUGCUGUGUGUAAGUUAAAAGCUGUGUUAAAAAGUGGAGUGAACUUUGAUAGGAGUUUCUACGGAUAUACAUUUCUGGGAGCAGCAUGCUAUAUAGGAAGAUGUGAUAUUGUGAAGGUUGUGAUUGAUCAUAUAAAACAGAAUUUAAAAACAAGAGGUAACAGUGGUUGUAUAAGACGGAGAUCUGCACUUGAUGACCAUGACAUUCAUGGGAAUACACCAUUACUGUAUGCAGUUUGCAAGGACAAUUUGAAGAUAUGUAGACUACUUAUAGCAGAAGGUGCUGAUCCUAAUAUACCCCAUCAAAUGUCCAGACAAACACCCCUGUUGGUAGCAAUAGAACAGUCCCAGGAUGAAAUGGUGACAUUCUUGUUAGAGAAUAAUGCUGAUGUACAGAUAUGUGACAAUGUAGGUAUCACACCACUAUAUACUGCCAUCAAGUGUAGAAAUGAGGGUGUGGUCAAACAGCUUAUACAGGCAGGUUGUGAUGUAGAUAUUGGUAGCCAGGACCAUACACCUAUCUUCCUAGCAACCAGGACUGGUCAACUUAAUAUUGUUAAGAUGUUAUGUGGUGCAGGCUGUCACAAAAAUGUUAGCAACAAAUAUGGUGUAACACCUGUAUAUGAAGCUUCUCUGAAAGGUCAUGAAGCAGUGUUGGAGUACCUGUUAGAUGUAGAAUGUAGUCCAAAUGUUGUAGAUAUGUAUGAUCAGUCCCCACUACAUGUAGCCGUCAUGUCUGGUCAUCUCAGUUGUGUCACACUGUUAAUGCAAGCUGGUGCUAAUUGGAAGCUGAGGAAUCACAAUAGAGAAAGUGCCUUUGAUCUUGCCUUACAAUUAGGCAAGUCAGAGAUUGUACAAUACUUCCUGGAAGAAGGUCUUAAUGUCUUACCUAGAACCUCUACUCCCACUGCGUUGAAGAACAUAGUGGCAGUGUUUGAGCAGGGACAUACAGCAACUCUUAGUGUUCUUAUUAAAGGAUGUGCCAAAUUACCUAUGCUCCAUUGUAUAGGAGUUUUACCAAUGUUUAGAAAUCAAACUGACUUGAUGAAGCUUCUUCUUCACUCUGGCAUCCAGACAGUACCUGCAAUUCUAUUGGCUGCUGACACUCAUCAAAGUAAGGAGACAUCUGAUUGGCUGAAAGAAUUCAAAAGCAAUCCCAGAAGACUACAGGACAUGUGUAGAAUUAGAAUCAGAAGAACUCUGGGAAAUAAAGUGUUAUUUGGCGCCAAACAGUUGCCCUUGCCAGCAGACUUGAAAUCUUUCAUCACUUUGAAUAGACUGUGAUAAAUCCAUAUUCGCAGUAAUGCUAUUUGUAUUUGAUACAAAAAUUUAGUCCUUUUUUCCGGUGCCUAAAUUUAUACAGCAGAAGAAUCUGCUCUAUUAUUAGUCAGAUCUCAAAGGUCAGUAGAACACAAAUUUUCAUUAGUUACUGAUAUAACAUUUAGUUACAGGAAAGAUCAUUUCAUUCACCAAAACCCCAAUUUAAUUUUACAAGCUUUAAAAGCGGACAAAGCUUUUAUUUCUCAGAUGUUUUAAUGACAUUUUAUAAUUUUUUAUUGCAUUUCUUGUUUGUUUUUACCUUAUUAUUGAAUGUUGUUAUUGUUGACUUUUCACAUAUAGGCAAUUUUUUGUUGAAAAUGUUUGUUUAUACGUUGGACUUUUAAUAUUUUAAAGUUAGCAUUUAUCAUGUACAUGUUUUAAACAUAUCAUUGUAAGCAUUAUCCCAGUGACCUCUACCUGAAUUGUCUUUCCAUGACUAACCUCCAUGUUUAAUUUAUAGUCACAAAAAAAUUACAAUUUAUAGUUGUUAACCAAUACACUUGUAAUAAUAGUAAGAUAAUCAGGCCAUUUAGUGUUGAUGCUGUUACCAGUGUAAGAUAAUGUGCCAUUUAAUAUUGUUACAAUUAUUAGAAUGUAAGAUAAUUGGCCAUUUAGUAUUGAUGCCAUUAUCAUAGUUUCAGAUAUUCGGCCAUUUAGUAUUGAUGCCAUUAUCAUAGUUUCAGAUAUUGGGCCAUUUAGUAUUGAUACCAUUAUUACAGUGUCAGAUAUUGGGUUAGUAAGUAUUGAUGCCAUUAUUAGAGUGUAUAAUAUUGGGUCAUUUAAUAUCAUUGCCCAUUGAUAUGCAAUUAAUACAGAUUAAGUAUGUGGAGAAAUAUGAUUGUCCUGUUAAAAUAGUCUCAUCAUUCAUUAAAACUUGUUGUAUUUCAAACUAAAUUUCGAAUUUCAGUAUAUAGGUAUGUGAAAAUGGCCUCUGUUUUAAAAAUGGCAACAAAUAUUGGUAAGCAUGCAUAUAUAAUUAUUAUAUCAGGAAGAAAUCUAAACAUCAAUGAUUUGAUUUCCAUGUUCUAAACAAAAUCAUUUAUCAUUCGAUAUACACCAGUCAUCUGAAACACUGCCCACCCACCCCAAGAAAAUAAGGCGUGCUUUUACCUUUCAUCUAUUCCAGUUCUGCCCCAAUUAGGUGGUGGACUUGUUUUGGUGAUAAAAUGUGUCCAAAUUGCAAUGCCGGGCUUUUAAGCAGGGUUUUGAAAAUCACAAGACAAGGUUGCCAAUAUUUUGGAGGGUGUAUGGGUCCUGGUUUCAAUUAACUAUGGCAUAAUGCUAGACUUCUGCCUUGUAUGGCUGAUAUUUGGGAAACUACUUAUUUUACUGAUUUAUGUGAUUGCUUUUAGCAGAUGUAAAAAAAAUAUAUCCAAAACAUGUAAAAUUUGUUUGUUUCUGCUUUAUUUUAAGUGAUUGCUUUUAGAAAAUGUUCCAAAUAUAUUUUAAACAUUCAGAAUUGUUAAAAAUAUACAUGCUUUAUUGAUGGUUAUAUAUACAAAAGUGUCAUGUAGGCAUUUCUUGUGUGCAAUAUAUAUACAUGUGUAUUAAAUGGUAAGCCUUUUCUUUUGUAUAUGUUAAUGUUCUUCUUUUUACUCCUUCUUUUUACUGUUUUGUUAUUUUGUUAAAAGAAUCGCUUGAUUUGUCAUAUUGUAUUUCUGUUUACUUGACUACUUACAGAAAGGUAGUAAGAGACAUUGUCUGCAUGAAACAAUUUUUAUGCCCCCACAAUGUGGGAGCAUAUAGCGUUGCACUUGUCCGUCCGUCCGUCCGUCAGUCCGUUCGUCAGUCCGUACGUCCCGAAAUCUUGUGAACGCAACUCCUCUUAAACCGGAUGGCAGAUUUUGCUUAAACUUACAGGGAUGAACAACCUUAAUGUGUAGAUGGUAGUAAAGGAAGGAAUUUUCGCUGCGACCAAAUUUAACAGAAUUAUGGCCCUUUGUUGAUUUUUUCACUAGAUACUAUGUAGAAAUUUUGUGAACGCAACUCCUCUUAAACCGGAUGGCAGAUUUUGCUUAAACUUACAGGGAUGAACAACCUUAAUGUGUAGAUGGUAGUAUAGGAAGGAAUUUUUGCUGCCACCAAAUUUAACAGAAUUAUGGCCCUUUGUUGAUUUUUUCACUAUAUACUAUGUAGAAAUUUUGUGAACGCAACUCCUCUUAAACCGGAUGGCAGAUUUUGCUUAUACUUACAGGGAUGAACAACCUUACGGUGUAGAUGGCAGAAAAGGAAGGAAUUUUCGCUGCGACCAAAUUUUACAGAAUUAUGGCCCUUUGUUGAUUUUUUCACUAUAAUACUAUGUAGAAAUUUUGUGAAUGCAACUCCUCUUAAACCGGAUGGCAGAUUUUGCUUAAACUUCCAGGGAUGAACAACCUUAAUGUGUAGAUGGUAGUAUAGGAAGGAAUUUUUGCUGCGACCAAACUUUACAGAAUUAUGGCCCUUUGUUGAUUUUUUCACUAUAUACUAUGUAGAAAUUUUGUGAACGCAACUCCUCUUAAACCGGAUGGCAGAUUUUGCUUAAACUUCCAGGGAUGAACAACCUUAAUGUGUAGAUGGAAGUAAAGGAAGGAAGUUUUGCUGCAACCAGAUUUAACAGAAUUAUGGCCCUUUGUAGAUUUUUUCAUUAUAUACUAUGUAGAAAUUUUGUGAAUGCAACUCCUCUUGAACCGGAUGGCAGAUUUUGCUUAAACAUCCAGGGAUAAACAACCUUAAUGUGUAGAUGGUAGUAAAGGAAGGAAUUUUUGCUGCGACCAAAUUUAACAGAAUUAUGGCCCUUUGUUGAUUUUUAGUUUUCAACUUGUGGCACAUGUAGUCCAAAAAAUAUUUGACCUAGAGUCAUAAGAUUGACAGAACAGUGGCGUGUGGGGGCAUCCGUGUCCUAUGGACACAUUUCUAGUUUUAUAUAUGAAUAUAAUUACAUAUAUCCUUUAUUGGAAAAGACAAGGGUGGUUGCCUGACUUGAAAUGAACAAUGGAUUAAUGAUAGCAAAAUUUACCUCAUUAUUUAUAUAUACUAUAUAUACUAAAGAUAUACUAUACUCAUCUUUGAGUAAAAUUUGUCAAUCACAGAAAUUUAUUGAAAUCUAUGAAAUUCUUACUUAGUAAGUCUAAUUUGAAUAUAAGAAUAAAUAAUAAACUAUGUGUGGGAAGCUGCGUUGGAUAUUACAGGUCAAGCAAAGUUGUGCCUUUCUUAGAAAACACUGCCAGUUUUUUUUUAAUGAGACUAUAUAUUCAAUUUGUGACCACCUAAAGUAUGUAGUGUUUUAAACAUGACAUCUCUACUUUGUAUGAAGUCAAAACAUAUUUAUUUUAUAUUUACAAAGAGACUGUGUAGCAGUUACAACAUUUUCUAAUAUCAAAUUUGAGCACUGUAUAUCUUUAAUCAUUUAAAAUUGACGAUUCUAAAUUACAGAUAUAUAAGUAGCAUGAAGAGAAAAUAUACAUUUUAUCAGAAGAGAUUUUGAUAAAGUGUGGCUUGCCAUUACAUGUUAACUGUUUGUCCAGUUUUUACACAUUCUGUUUUAGAGUAAGGGCAGUUUGUAUGUACAAGAGUAGAUUUUGUAUCAAUAGUUCUAGUAGUGGUGUUGUGUACCCACCUGCUUGUUUUGAAUAUGUAGUGACAAUAUUAGGUAAGUGAUGGAUUAAUAAAAUGUUGCUUGAUAAAAAUACAUUCAUACAUUACAGGAAGAACAUGAUUAUUAAAAUGCCAGUAACAUGAAUCAUUUAAUGAUCGAUAUAUUUGUUAGCAGAACAUUAAUUUUGUAUUAUUUAUGAUAUGCAUUUACUUCUACUUUAUUAUCCUGCCUUUGAAUAAUUUUUACUUCAAACUUCGAAUAAUUGAUUUUUAUUGACCACAGCAAAUUUUUUAGACUUUUGCACAAAUAUUUAAAAGUUAUCUGCCUUUAAACUUGAUAUUCUAUUUAAUAUAAUAAUGUAAAAACUUUUACUUUUUAAUCUAUUGUAUUACUUAUUGAAUUUAUUUCAGACUUAUUAUUUCUAUUAUUACGUUACAUAUGACAAAGUUGAUAUCACUGACACCUAUAUACAAAUGUUUUAAGAAUGACCACCAUGAAUGUGCCAUCUCCUAUGAUAGCUUGUUGUUUGAAAUUUCUGUACAGUAAAACCUGUGAUAAAGACCACCUCCACAUAAAAAUCAUCCUGUAAAUAAAGACCAAUUUUCAACAACCUGCCAUUGAUAAAUUAGAACAUAGUAACCUCCAAGUUAAGACCUCGUCUAUAAAGGCCAUGUCAAGUCUCCUUUGAAUGGCCUGUGGUCAUAGGUUUGACUGUAUUUAAUUCUUGUGUUAAUGAUUAACUUUCUUUCAUUUAAAGUGACUUGCUCGCAUUUAUCAAUUUAAGACAUUCUUCUUUACGAAAUAAAGAAAAGUCCCCAUGAAAAUCUUUUUGUGUAAUAUACAUUUAGUUAGUAAAUCAUUUUUAUUUCAAUGUAUAUUUUCUAGUCUUUUUCACAUUCUUUCAUUAUUUCUCCAUGCCAAAAUGUGUUCUUGAUGUAGUUUUAGUAGUUGUUAGGUUUUUUUAUUAAAGGUAGAUAGGUAUACAACUUAGUUGUUAAUGAUGUUUUUGCAUGUUUAUGAUUAUUAUUGCAUGUUUUAUACUUGGUAGAUUAAAAGAUACAAACAAUACUCUU